AGAGGCUCAGAGGAUUCUGACAGCUUCUUUGCAGAGCAGAAGCAACUGGGCUCAAAAUAGAAACUACUGCUCCUCCCGCUGCCUUUGUCUCUUCGCUCCGAAUCCCACAGUUAAACAAAAUGUGCAAAGGACUUGCAGGUCUGCCGGCUUCCUGCCUGAGGAGUGCAAAGGAUAUGAAACACCGGCUGGGAUUCCUGCUGCAGAAGUCAGAUUCAUGUGAACACAGUUCUUCACACAGCAAGAAAGACAAAGUAGUAACUUGCCAGAGGGUUAGCCAAGAAGAAGUCAAGAAAUGGGCUGAAUCACUGGAAAACCUGAUUCACCAUGAAUGUGGACUGGCAGCUUUCAAAGCUUUCCUGAAGUCAGAAUACAGUGAGGAGAACAUUGACUUCUGGAUCAGCUGUGAGGAGUACAAGAAAAUCAAGUCACCUUCGAAACUAAGUCCCAAGGCCAAGAAGAUUUACAAUGAGUUCAUCUCGGUGCAAGCAACAAAAGAGGUGAACCUGGAUUCUUGCACCAGAGAGGAGACAAGCCGGAACAUGUUAGAGCCCACGAUAACCUGUUUCGAUGAAGCCCAGAAGAAGAUUUUCAACCUGAUGGAAAAGGAUUCGUACCGCCGCUUCCUCAAGUCUCGAUUCUAUCUUGACCUGACCAAUCCUUCCAGUUGCAGGGCAGAGAAGCCGAAAGGAGCCAAGAGUUCUGCAGACUGCACUUCCCUAGUCCCUCAGUGUGCCUAAUUCUCACACAGAGGCAGAGAGCCAAAAUGCCGAGACUCUAUGUUCUGGAAAACCUGAGGCCAAAUAUUGAUCUGUAUUAAGCACCAAUGCUUUAUCCACAUCGUAGCCUAGUGUCCAUGCUGCCUGCCGUGUGUGAGCCACUUCCAUGUAAAACUAGCCUUAGUUGUGGUGUUGGGGUUUUCACUGGGGUAAGACCCAAUUUGUUUUCAAUUUUCCCAAGUUUUCUUAAGGGUGUCAGGUGAGCAAGUCUCCAAAUAAUGGCCCUGUAGGUCUGGAUUUUCAACCAACAGUUUGACCUCAAGUUAGUUAGUUGGUACACUUCAUGUGACAACAUAUGCACAUGCAAUGUCGGCCAGCAGCACUUCCUACGGACUCUCAAUGUUUAGUUGAUAUUAGUGUAUGUAUAUGUAUAUAUUCAAUAUAUAUAACAUAUGCAUAUACAUUCUGUAUAUAUCAUAUCUAUGUAUUCAAUAUGUGUGUGAAUGUGCAUGAAUAUAUAUGCAUAUAUUUUCACACUCGCACAUACAUUUCUUCAAGAAAAGAUGGGAAAGAUCCUAGGUGCUCAAAUUGGAGUGUGCACACAUGCUUGCAUGCAUGUUCUGAUUUCUGGUCCUUCAUAUCAUGUCUGAACAGGGCAAACUAAAUUAACUGCCAUGCAGGCUAAGAGAAGAACACUAACUUGUGAGAAACAAGUUCUGUAAAACCAUUAGGUCAUGAUGGAGAGUAGUUAGGGCCUUUGUGUUUAAUCACUGAUGGCCUCCACAUUGAGCAUUAAGCUAAAGUAGUUAAAGGUUGAGUACUCUGAAAACUCUGCUGUCUGACUGACACAGAACAGACUUGCAUCAGUGAUCGCUACUGGCACUUUUAAGUCCCUAUGCUGACAGCCUUCCCUCCUUUGCCCGGGUGCUCGGGGCAUGCUGAUUAGCAGUUGGGUUGGUCUGGAGCUGGAUGUUUGAGCUGAAUGAAGGAAUGCAAUUUGGGUCCAGGCCUUGCUGUCUAGCCCUACCAAGGACUACUGCUUACAUGAGGGCAGAGGACCUAAAGAUUAUCUUAUUUCUUUCCUCUCUUGAUAAGGUGCUCUCCUAUUCCUAACCCCCAAGAAUGUCACCUGUCAGAUGAGCCUCUUUAGUUCACUGUGGUUGGUUGUUCACUUUAGGAACCAUGGCUGCCUGCAGUUGUUCUAAGCUACAUGCCUACAUUUGUAAAGCAUCAUCAGGGGGAAAGGUUAAAUUUUAGCAGGAGGAAGUAAGUUCUAAUGAACUGCAAAGCACUUUUUGGUUUUCUGCUUUGAAGUAAGAGCUUGUUCAUCCCAUCCCAAACACCAAGGCUAGCAGAGACCAAUGAAAGGAGAGAGGAAAGAAAAAAGAAAGAGAAAAGGGAAAAGAAGAGGAGAGGACUACUGUUUGGAGCUUUUCAAGGCACGUGAAAUACUUGAAAAUUUCUCAUUUGUGUUAUUUAUGAUGUUUUGUACAAUGUUUUUAUUAUUGCAUUGUUUUAUAAAUGGAGGUACAGGAUAUUACCCGAGUUAUUAAUGAGUGCCCAAGAAGUAAUUUUCUUCUCAUUAUUCUCAACGUACUGCCUUUGGGAGCACACACAUACUUGUGCAACACUGCAGUCAUUGCUCCAGUGUAAAUAACAUGCACGAGCACCGUUGUGGUUAGUAAGCCAAUGUAUCGGGCUGCAAAGUGAAGACACUGGAAUAGUGUGUAUCCAAGUCUUAUCAUAUCGAAGACAUCAGUUUUCUAACGGUACUCGUCUUGUCUCCCUUGACAGUCUUGCUUGUAAUGUCCCCAGAGCUCCCCAUCAGUGUUCCUAACUCCUUUUUGUUAUACACAAGUUCACGAUCAUGUCUGCAUCACUCUCUGGUCUUGCCCUAAUAUUAUCAUGACUUUGAGAUUGUACCUGUACUCACAGACUGCUGUCUCACAAAUAGGUCUGGAAAGUCAUUCCGAAUGAGAAGUAAAUUAUUUUAUGUAAUACAUCUUGAGUGUGUUUUCAGUUGUAUUUCCAUCGCUCUUUGGUACGGUGAGCCUGCCUGCUGUUGGUCCAUGCAAGGAAUGCUCCUUCCGUAUGCAUGUCUGUUUCUGCUAUGUGCUUUGUAGGCCUCGAUGCUGAUGCUUCCAAUGAAACACACAGAUCUUAUGAUACCAGUAAAUAAAUGCUUCCUAUAAAACAA